AUAUCGCAAUCUGUUUCAGGAAUCCCACAAUUAUUUGUUUAUACUGGAUGUAAUAGUGAUAUCGAUGUAUUGAUACAUUAUCAAAAUACUAAUUUUUGUUCCACAUCAGUUUUUGAAUCGCAUAGUUUAUAGACUGAUGCAUUAUCGAUAGAUGUUCAAAAUGCUAUUUGACGGCAGCACAAGUGAUCAGGGACUACUACGUAUUGCUGAACAAGAGGAAAAAGUCAAUAUCAAACUCGAAAUAUUGCUGGAUAAACAAUGUCAGAUUGAAGCCAAAAUGAGUGGAAUCGGAAGAGCGAUGGUUUUACUGCACGCCGUACACUCUGAUUCUACAAAGUUAAACAUGCAAAUUGUAAAUACUGCACAAUUGGCUGAAUCUGUAAGUGCUAAAGUGCGUCGCUUAGAUUUGGCCCGCUGCCGUGCAUCUGAAUGUCAACAGCGUGUACACGAUUUAAUUGAUCUACAACUAUGUAGCCAGGGCGUAGUAAAAGCUGUAAGCGACGAGGAGUUCGAAAAAGGGGCUGCCCAUGUUGCACGGUUUCUGGCUAUGGAUCAGCAAUUAUUGCAUCGAACUGCGGAUGAUGUCUCGAUAACAUCAGUCAGCGACGCGGUUCAAACACUUGAGGAUGCGACUGAAAAAAUUCGAGAGCUUAUAUCUAGACGUUUUGAUGAUGCUGUUAAAAACAAUGAUUUGGCUUCGGUGGAAAGAUUUUUCAAAAUCUUUCCAUUAGUUGGCUACCAUCGAAUCGGUAUAGAAAAAUUUUCUGCUUACAUUUGUCAGAAGCUAUCGGAUAAAGCCCAAAAAGAACUAAGAAAUGUACAAGAUAUAGCCAAAGCUGAAUGUCGUUUGCAACUAGCAUAUGCCGAUCGAUUGACUUCGAUUUUAGAGAACUUUGCACGGGUAGUGGAAGUUAAUCAGCCUAUUGUUGAAGCAUUUUAUGGACAGGCAUCCGCGUCUCUAAUUGAUAUGAUCGCCAUUUUGCAAGAUGAAUGUGAUGCCGAGGCAAAGAAUUUAUUGUUCGAAUUUAACAAGAAUAGACAAAUUGUGUAUCGCAGCAAACAAGUAUAUGAAUGCACUCAAAGGUCUAGCAAUGGAGCUACCGGCAGCAACAGUAUACCUUCUUUGGGUCAUUAUCGUAAGCCCUCAGGUGGAUCAUUAGACAAACUAAACCCGAAAGAAAUUGAUGCUAUUAUAGCUGAAAUAACGGUCAUGCAUUCGCGAGUAGAGUUGUACUUCCGUUUUAUGCGUCGGCGAAUGCAAAUUCAUGUAGAUACAUGUGUCCCCGUAAAAGAAGACCAGGUCAAUAUUAUAAACCGAUAUGAAAGGAUUGUAAAGAAUUCGGACCUUCGUCGACAAAUGCAAGAAAUUUUGAGCACUUAUUUGCUUUUUGAGAGAUACUUCAUGGAGGAAAGCGUACUUAAAGCCAUCGGCCUCGACAAAUAUGAAGCGGGGCAGCAAUGUUCAUCUAUAGUAGAUGAUGUUUUUUUCAUACUUCGAAAAUCCAUUCGUCGUGCUUUGACAACGCAAUCAAUAAACGGAACAUGUGCUGUUAUUAAUAUCGUAGCUGCUUGUCUAGAUGGUGAUUUUAUAGAUGCGCUCAAAACUCCAUUGAAAAGUGGUUAUCCGUCUGGAUAUAUCGACUUGGCUCAAGCAUAUAACGCAAUACAAACCACGUUGCAGCAAGGGAAACUACAUUCGAGUGAUGCUGAUCGAAGCCGAACUAAUUUUCUAGUACAACUGAACAAUGCUGACAUGUCGACUGAAUAUAUCGAAACUCUGUGCCAGACCAUGGAACAGGAAAUCGCUGGAACUUUUCCGUGCACGACCUCGGUUGAGCGACAAUUGCUUGACAGCUGCUUGACAGAACUUAAGACUGUUCGAGACGCUUUAAAGGCCACUGUGGAUUUUGGAAUGCAGCAACUUAGAUCCAGCGCAAUUAAGCCACGAAUAAAUCCUUGGAUAAACAAAUUUUUAAGCUAUAGCCACAACCUUACAGAGGAGGAACUUGCCAUUUAUGAAGCUGAAGAAACUUUUGUCCAGUUUUUUAUCGUCCAUCUGGAUGGACUCCUAAAUUCUUUCAAAAUGGCAUUGAGUCCACGCAAUUACGAUGCGCUUGUUAGCAUAUUGGCAACGGAAGUCACAAUUCAAUUGGAAAGGGCUACUUUAAAAUGCAGUUUUAACAGGCUUGGUGGCCUCGUUCUCGAUCAGGAAGUUCGUGCCUUGGGGACUUAUUUGACAGGAGCGACAUCAUGGUCUGUGCGAGACAAGAUGACGCGAAUUUCUCAAAUCGCCACUGUCUUAAAUCUGGACAAGGUUUCGGAGCUCUCUGAAUUUUGGAGUCCCGAUAAUAAUAAAGAAAUGCCGUCAUGGCAUUUAACUCCAAACGAAGUCCGUGCUAUUUUAGCCCUGAGAAUCGAUUUUCGUAUAGAAGAUAUAAAACGUUUACAACUUUAGACUCUUAUAUAUAGUACAUAUUUCAAUGUUUAGCUUAUUAAAUGUUAUGGGUGGAACUAAACCAAUGAUUAAAAUCCAAUCGCAAUAAAAGCUGAGAAAGCGGACCCAAACAAGAUGCUGUUUUAAUGUUCAGCAGUAAUUGAAUAAGACUCGCAAUUUGGACGCCAAACCUAAAAAUAUAAAGUAGUAAUAUUACUAUUAUUAGUGAAU